GAUAAAAAAUAAAAUAAAAUAAUUCAAAGUCAAAUAAUAAAUUACCUAUAAUCGAUUGACGGAGAUAUUUAAAAUUAACAUAAGAAGAGAACAAAAAAGUAACGCUGAAAACUUCAAAUAAUGUCCAAUAAUCCUCAGUGGAAAACGUUCCAGCCGCCAAUCAUGAACUCCGACCCAGCAAUACUUGACUACAAGUCCAUGACCAUCCCAAGUCCCAAGGUUGUAGGCGGGCCGCACCAAUCAGGCGGCGGGUACCGCAAUGGCACUAGUUACAGUGGAGAUCACUUCAUGGGUUCACCUCCUAGCUGUGGAAAAAAUUCGUCAAGUUAUGUAAAUUAUCCUAGUUCACAGACAUCACCACGUAACGGCACAACCAGAUUUCCAAUUGGCACGUUCACUGGUAUGGAAGGAGGCAUUGGUUAUACAGGAGAACCUGCGACCAAUAAUUCGUCUUACCAAGAUCAAUCCAACAACCAAGGCACCCGUGAGACUGGAAUAAUCGAAAAAUUAUUGCAUUCUUACGGAUUUAUACAGUGCUGUGAGCGGCAAGCCAGACUGUUUUUUCAUUUUAGCCAAUUCAGUGGUAAUAUAGAGCAUCUAAAAAUUGGAGAUCCCGUUGAAUUUGAAAUGACAUAUGAUCGACGAACAGGAAAACCUAUUGCUAGUACCGUGAGCAAGAUUGCUCCGGAAGUGGUAUUGAGUGAAGAGAGGGUUACUGGCAACGUAACAACAGAGCUUCACAGUAGCGGCGAUUCGCAGGGACGAAUUAGCUAUGAAAAUCGAGGCGAGUGUUUCUUCCUGCCUUAUACCAAAGAUGAUGUAGAAGGAAACGUCACUCUGCGUGCCGGUGACAAAGUGUCUUUUCAAAUUGCUACUAAUCAACGAGGUAACUUGGGCGCUUGUCAUGUCAGACUUGAAAAUCCAGCCCAUCCUGUCCGUUACCGCGGAGUAGUUUGUUCAAUGAAAGAAAGUUUUGGCUUCAUUGAACGAGCCGACGUUGUAAAAGAGAUUUUCUUCCACUUUAGUGAGGCCAAAUCAAUGAAAGAUGAGUUAAGACUGGGAGAUGAUGUUGAAUUUAUAAUACAAACGCGAAAUGGCAAAGAAGUCGCAUGCAAUAUUACUAAAUUACCACCAGGAUCCAUUGUCUUUGAAGAAGUCGGUAAUGAAGUUGUAAAAGGACAAGUAUUGAAGCCUUUGGAGAGAGGUACAGCUGCACGUCAUCAGAACGAUCCAUUGCCUGGCCGAAUCAGAUAUAGAGCUCCAGACCAUUCUGAAGUGGAAGUGCCCUUUGGGGAUAAGGAUCAAAAGGGCGAUUUUACAUUGAGACAUGGUGAUUGGGUUCAGUUUCGCAUUGCAACUGAUACCAGAGACCAACUGAAAAGAGCAACAGAAAUCUCUUUGCUUCCUGAGUCCUUUUCUGUGUCAGGAGAACGCCGUGAACAAGGCAUCAUUGCUGCACUAAAAGAGGGUUUUGGAUUUAUACGUUGUGUUGACCGAGAUGCAAAACUUUUCUUCCAUUUCAACGAAGUUCUGGAUGUAGAUAGAGAAAUCAGUGUGAAUGACGAAGUCGAAUUCACAGUUAUACAAGAUCCAUCGUCAUCAUUCUCCAAUUCUCGACAGAGCGCAAUUAGAUUGAAACAUCUGCCAUCAGGUAGUGUUCAAUUUGAAAGUGUUAUAGAAACAACUGUACCAGGUAGUAUAGUUCAAGAUACUAAUGGCAUUGAACCUGGCCUUAUUGGUUAUUUAAAAGAUGGCCAACAAAAGAAUAUUAUCUUUUUCACAAAAGACUGUGACCCAAAAAGUAUUCCAAGGCUUGGUGACAAGGUCACAUUCAACAUUUGCCAAGUAAAGCGAAAUAAAGAGCUUGUCGCCGUAGACAUAUCAUUAACAAGUCCGAACGAAAAAACUCAGAAUGGAACUAAAAAAUCAAAUGGCUCGAUUAUCCAAGGUUUUAUUGCAGCCCUCAAGGAUGGAUUUGGCUUCAUUGAGACUGUGAAUCACGAAAGGGAAAUAUUUUUUCACUUCAGUAAUUUUGACGGUGAAGCUAAUACUUUGGAGUUGGGAGCUGACGUUGAAUGUACUAUUGGCACUGGAAACGGCCGGGGUACAGGUGGUUGUGCAGCUGCAGAAUUUGUACGUUUGGUGCCUCGUGGAACAAUCCCUAGGCCAGUAUGUACCGGGGAAGUACUAGAUGGUACAGUUGUUCGACCUCUAAGAAGCGCAAAUCCUGACCAAGUUGAAUAUGCUGGGUUAAUCAAAAUAAAUCCCACUACUGAAGACGAAGAGACACCGGAAUAUGAAUUUGGAAUCAUGGGUCUUGUGAAUAAACGUGAGCUGUUACAAUCCGGUGAUCCGGUUCAAUUACAGGUAGAUGCAGCAGGGCAUGCUUGCAAUAUUGUAGCUGUACGCAAAAAACGAAGAGCAACAGUUGAUGCAGUUAAAGGUCCGUUUGGAUUUCUCGCAUACGAAGUUGAUGAGGGAAAAAAAUUGUUUUUCCAUAUGAGCGAAGUUAGGGAUCAUGCUACUCUUCAACCUGGUGACCAGGUUGAAUUUGUUUUGGUCACAAAUCAGCGAACCGGAAAAUCAUCGGCAUGCAACGUAACCCGUUUAAGCGACGUGGUCCAACAGCGGCCUGAACGGCUGAUAAGCCGUCUUCGUACCAUUUCAUUGGAAGAUACAGGCCCAAAAUUAACAGUUGUCAGACAACCACGAGGGCCGGAUGGGACUCGAGGAUUUGGCCAGGAGAGACCUGCCCACAUUCCUGGCGCUAUUCAAGAGUAAUCUUGUAACUACCGAUGAUUAUUUAUCCAAAUUGUACCUACAUUAAAUAUUUUUAGUCCAUGCACUUGAACGCCGAGAUUAUUAUUAUGAACUUAAAGGUAACCAAAUCGAGAAUAAUAAUUAACAAUAAUAACAUUAUUAAUAAUAACUAUCGUAAUAAUAAUAAUCGGCAAUUUGGACGCUAAAAUUAUCAGAAACAACGAGUCAUUUUAUCUCCAGAAACAAUAGAGGUAAAAAAGGGGGCAGUUAGUCCAAUCUAUUAUUUGAAAUGAACUUUGCUUCUGUAGCUACAAUUUUUACGCUGAUUUGUUUUUUACUGUUUUGCAAGUAUACAAAAAUUUGUUCUGCAUUGUUUUUCGUUCGGUUUUUUUUUUUUUUUUUUUUUUUUUUUUCUACAAAAUGUAAAACCCGUAGUUAUGGCAAAUGUUGCAUCUGAUAACUAUUUUAAUUUGAUGCAAUCAGACAAAUCUGAAAAAAAAGAAGUUUGAAAGUUUAAAAAGUUUAUUCAAUGAGUUGCAAAAUGAAUCGGACCUGGUGUUUGGCUGUAUGAUAACCAUCCAGCUGGGUCUAGCAUAGAUUGCAAUGUUCUAAAAUCAACUUUUCCUGUUUGACUUUGUAAAAAUAUACUUACAUGUUGAUACAACUUUUAUUUAUAUCGAUUUGUUUGGACUAUUUGUGCUACCCAGAGUUCUACACUCACUGAGACUAGGCAUAUUAUAGUACAAUCACACACAUGCUGUGUAUGUGUAUGAUCGAAUUGGUUAACCAUGUCUUAAAUGAGAAAAUUGCAUGACUGAGCUAAUGAAUUAUCUAUUUAAGUGCAUGAUGAUGAUAAUGAUGAUGAUAAUCGAAAUGAUGAAAGCGAUAAAGGUGUACAACUGUGCGUCUCUAUUAUAUAAAUUAUUGUAUCGCGAAAUCAGUUAAUGAAAUGUUUACGAAUUUGUAAAAUACAAACCGAAAGAAAUAAUAAGAACCAAGAACAUAUAAGUUAAAUCUGGCCAAUCGUCUGUCGUAGAUAAUAUAUUUUAUACACA